AUGGCAGCAAAAGCCGGCCGGCCUCCCAACUACUAUGCCAUCCUCGAGGUCCCAGAAACCGCCUCCACCACCCAGAUCCGCGAUGCCUAUAAACGCGCUGCCUUAAAAACCCACCCCGACCGCAUCCCGGCCGACCACCCUGACCGUCCCGAACGAACCCGCAAAUUCCAGCUCGUCAACGACGCAUAUUACACCCUCUCCGAUCCCACCCGCCGCCGCGAAUACGACGCCCAGCGCAAACUCUUCUCCGGCCCCAGCUCCUCCCGCCCCACGCCCGGCGGCUUCGACCCCUUCGCCGACGCCGAAGAGUCCGCUUCCGACCAGCAACAGCAAGGACAGCAGCCCAACUUCUACUCCUGGGCCUGGAACUUCUUCACCAACCAAAGCCAGGGCGCCAAAAACCAGCACAACCAGGAAGAAUCCCGCCAGCAAGCUGAGAAUGAGCAGUUCGCCGAUGUCUUCGAAGAGAUGCUCCGGGAGGAGGGCAUGGCCGACCCGUCGCACAACAACAGGCCGACGGGCAAGUUUUGGGGCACGCUGGGCGGUAUCAGUGGUGGCGCGCUAGGGUUUAUUAUGGCCAAUGUACCUGGUAUGGUUGCUGGUGCUGUGGCUGGCAACAGGCUCGGCGCGGUGAGGGAUGCCAAGGGGAAGAGUGUGUAUGCGGUCUUUCAGGAACUGCCACAGGCGGAUCGGGCAAGGCUUCUUAGUCAGUUAGCCGCGAAGGUGUUGAGCCAUACGGUGGGGAUUUGA